AUGCGGCCUAUCCUGGGCUGGCUGCUGUAUCUCUUCACCUUCUUGGCUGCGUCGGAUUUCAAACUUCACGAAGUCGGGCUGCGCGACCCGAUGGAGACGUUGAGCCAUCGAGGGAAGGGAUUGGCCAAUUCAACAAAGCAGAAAAUCCCGUCAUUCCGCGAGAUCUGGCAUUGGUUCGAGGAUCCGACGGAAGUGGAAUGGAAGCACACUUGGAUGCAUCAGUUUCAUAGAAACUUCACGAUUGAUGCUACUGAUUACUGUCAUGGGCCACAGGGAACAGAUCGGACGAUAAGGAUUAGCAGUACGAUAAUGAAUAUCGCGGCUUUGGAAAUGGGAACGAUGCGGAAUGAGGAAGCUAG